AAAAAAAACAAAAAGGAAAGAGCCCCAUGAAGCGAAAUUGCAAAAAUAAAAACCUAGGUGGCGGAAACCUAGGUACUGCGACUGGAGUGGUUCCCUCAGACAUAUCUGUAACGCUGCUUCUUCUGUGAGGCAUCAAUGGAGACAAAAGCUUUGUCCUUCGCUCUGUCUCUCAAUGACCUCACCAACAACCGCUUCUCUUCCAAUACGCCACAUGCUGCCGCCAAAGUUUCCGUCUUUACCGUCAGAUGCUCUUCUUCGGGUAGUGGAGAGAGGCCUUGGAAGAAUUCAGAUGCUAGACUUGUGCUUGAAGAUGGUUCAAUUUGGAGAGCAAAAUCGUUUGGUGCUUCAGGGACCCAAGUUGGCGAGGUUGUUUUCAAUACAUCAUUGACAGGGUAUCAAGAAAUUUUGACUGAUCCUAGUUAUGCUGGCCAGUUUGUGCUCAUGACAAACCCACAUAUUGGGAAUACUGGCAUAAAUUUUGAUGAUGAGGAAUCAAUACAGUGUUUCCUUGCUGGACUUGUAAUUAGAAGUUUGAGUAUCAGUACCUCUAACUGGAGAUGUAAGAAGCCUCUGGGGGAUUACCUAGCUGAAAGGAAUAUCAUGGGAAUUUAUGAUGUUGAUACUCGUGCAAUCACGCGGCGAUUGCGGCAAGAUGGCAGUCUUAUUGGUGUUUUGAGCACUGACAAUUCCAAAAAGGAUGAGGAACUGCUUCACAUGUCUAAGUCAUGGAACAUUGUUGGUAAGGAUCUAAUAAGUGGAGUAUCAUGCAAAACUCCACAUGAAUGGGUUGAUAAAACAAAACAACAAUGGGAGUUUAGUAAAGUGCCUGGAGAGGCUUUCCAUGUAGUUGCUUAUGAUUUUGGAAUCAAGCAUAAUAUACUUAGGCGCCUAGCAUCUUAUGGCUGCAAAAUCACUGUUGUGCCAUGUACAUGGUCAGCAUCAGAAACUUUGAAGAUGAAGCCAGACGGGGUUCUUUUCAGCAAUGGCCCUGGAGAUCCGUCUGCUGUUCCUUAUGCCGUUGAAACAGUGAAGAAUAUUAUCGGAAAGGUGCCUGUUUUUGGAAUUUGCAUGGGCCAUCAAUUGCUAGGCCAGGCUUUAGGAGGUAAAACCUUCAAGAUGAAAUUUGGUCACCAUGGAGGAAAUCACCCUGUUCGUAACCUUCGAAGUGGCCAUGUUGAAAUUAGUGCCCAGAACCACAACUAUGCUGUUGACCCUGCCACACUGCCGGAAGGAGUGGAGGUUACUCAUAUCAAUCUAAAUGAUGGAAGUUGUGCUGGUCUUGCUUUCCCCGCUCAACAACUUAUGUCUCUUCAAUACCACCCUGAAGCAUCCCCUGGACCUCAUGAUUCUGACUAUGCUUUUAGGGAGUUUGUAGAGCUAAUGAAGCAAGGAAAAAACAGAACAAAAGAAAGUCUACACCAACUAUCAGCAGCACAGGCUUUGGAUGCAUAAGUGGUUGAAGGGAGCUGCUCUUGUUCGUUCGGGGCAAAAAGAAUAAUGCAUCUGCUGAAAAAUUACGAAGUUAUGAGUCCAUUUCUAUGAUUUUGUAGAUGAGUUUAUUAAGGUUUUCUAGGGAUCUAUAAGAUUAAGAUUUUCUCAUGUUCAUUUCCUUUGCAAGGGUAAGCACGGCCAUGAUUGUCAUAAACCUCAAUGAGGCCUAAUGUACUACUGCUCAUCGCAGUCAACACCAAAAUUUUGGUUGCUGGCAUCACCAAUUUUAUGAGUAAUUACUAAUGAUUGUUUCCUGUUAAGAAAAA